AUGUCCUCAAUCAAACUGACAUCCUCAUCAUGUUUUAGCUGCAAACCAACAUGCGCGACUGUCUUCAACACCAACAUUUGGAACACACGGGGAGCCACCAAUGUCUGCGAUAAAGAUGACAACGUCCUCCAACGCGAGGCAGGCCGCACCUCCCAGAGCACAUGCGAGGGUGCCUCGAGCGAUACGGGCUUCCUCUGCGGCGACUACUCGCCGAUUCCAGUGUCCGAAGAGCUCUCUUACGGUUUCGCCUUCCACAUCGGAAACGACUUCACCGCCGAGAACCCGAACUGCUGCAAGUGCUUCGAAGUGCAGUGGGUCUCGGGCGCGGCUAGUGAGAAGGGCAAGAAGAUGAUUGUCCAGGUCGUCUCUCCUGGCGGUGCUGGUGGCGACGUCGUCGCCGGAGACCUGAUCAUCAUGACACCUGGUGGAGGGCUCGGGCCCGUCGGGACCGCCUGUAGAUCUCAAUAUGGCACCGGAUACGACUGUUAUGUGACUGACGUAACGCGCGCCCGAUGCUUGGCGGCGGGAAAUAGGGGAGACGACUAUGGCGGAAUCUCCAGCGGCUCCAACUGUGACCGCAUCCCUUCGAAUCUACAAGGGGGUGCUACUGGCGAUUCAAUUGGGCUGGCGGCAAUAUCAACGGAUGGGAAGCUGUCUACAAGCAAGUGGCAUGCCCAGCUCGGCUAA